AUCACGCUGCCCAAACUUGAUCGUGAAACCGCAGAGACAUAAAUCGAGCUGAAAAUGUUAGAAAUUCUUCACAAGCCUCAUGUAGAUCCGGUCAAAUAUCCGUUGCUCGAUGGUUAUUGGCCGUUAACCAUCCUGCUGAUCAGCUAUUUACUCUUUGUGCUAAAGCUGGGCAAGCUUCAUAUGGCCAAUCGACAGCCCUAUAAUCUGGGUACAGUGCUCAAAGUGUACAACAUCUUUCAGGUCAUCUACAAUACGGCGCUUUUUAUUGCGAUAAGUUACUAUAUCUUUUGGGAGAAAUUAUACGAUUUCAAGUGUCUGUCAGUAUUACCUUUGGAUCACAGCCAUAAGAAUGCAGAACGCAUAAUAAGUUAUGCGUAUUUCAUCAACAAAAUUAUCGACUUGUUGGACACUAUCUUCAUAGUAUUACGCAAGAGCUACAGACAAAUCACCGUCCUACAUCUCGUCCAUCAUGUCUACAUGGUGGCAGCCUCGUAUGUUUGUAUUCGAUUCAAUGGAUACGGGGGUCAUCCCAUGUUUGUGGGAUACCUUAAUCUGCUAGUGCAUAGCGUGAUGUACUGCUAUUAUUACCUGGCAUCAGUGUAUCCCUCGAUCAAGCAGUCGACGUGGAAGGAGUACAUGACGAUCAUGCAGAUGAUUCAGUUUGUGAUGAUCUUCGUACACAAUAUUGUGACCUUCAUGCAACCCAACUGCGAUGUCUCACCCUAUAUGAUGUCGUUAGUAUUCGUGAUGACAUUAGUGAUGUUGGCUAUGUUCACUAACUUCUACAUUCACUCCUACGUGAUGGCGAAAGACCAAAGACAAGAGGUUUUCGACUAUGUGAAACUGACAGAAAAGGAAACAAAGUCAAAUAAAAAAAGAUUAGUUCAACUUGUAAAUUAUGUUAGUCAAUGUUCCCCCGGGUUUAAUCUCUCUCAUCUUCAAGUCAUACUCCAUAAGUAACUAUUCUAUUCUAUUUGUUCUUGUGCCUUUAAUGAGCCAAACGAAAAUUGUUUCCUGCUAAAAAUGCAAAUGCGAAAUGAAGCAAUUAUGUAAAAUGCACACAAAUGACAAAGGCAUACAAGUGCUUGUAAAAAGUGCAGAAACAAAUGAAAAGAAAAUGUAAAAAUGUAAAAAUGUUAAAAGAAGCUGCUUAAAACUCCUCGAGAGCAAACAACAAGUAACAAACGUGAGACGACGUCAGAUGACGACGACGACACAGAUGUCGGGGGCACUCAAAAGAUGAAACAUAAAACGAAGCCCCAGAAGCCCAUAAAAAACCACAUUGUGCCGAGGCGCACUUAAAAAUUCACCAACCAUCAGCCUCCAUCACCUCCCAAAACAUCAUCAUACCAUACUAUAUGGGGGAGAACAAGUCUUCACUUCUCUCGUCAGACUCUCAAAGUCGUCGUCGCUCUCCGCGAAAUCCCAUAAAAAUUGCAACAUAAAAAUUAAACCACUAAACGCAGCAAAAUUGCUGGGCUUUUGGGGCGCUGACAAUGUGCUCAGAUUGCUUUAGUUAACUUGUUUAAUACACUUUCCUCAAAGGGGGCAAAUUUAAAACAGAAAUCAAGAAAAUAAGAAUUCGA